CUCGAGUUGAAGCAAUGUACGGUUGCUAAUCGCUUCAAAAAGAAACGUCUGUCAUAAUGAAGUUUUGUCAGUUCAUUGUUGAUACAAACCGGACGCGGCAUGGAAUGCAUGAUUUUCUUAAGGAAGCCAAUGAUCAUCUGAUUCCUCACGCACCAGACGAGGCAAGAUGCUGUUCCUGACUUCCUUGGUCCUCCAGAUGAUGUGUCUCAUCUUCAGCGCCUCCGUGGACAACAGGGUGGAGAGGUACAAGAGCGGGGCCAUCAGGGACAAAGAGGCCGCCCUCAAAUUCCUCGAGGUGAACGACAAGAGGGCGGCCGAGAUGGCCAACAAGAUGGCCAUCUCGACCUGGAAGUACCAGAGCAAUCUGACAGAAGCGAACAAGCAGGAAAUGUUGGAAAUGUUGCAGGAGCAGGCGCAAUUCACCAAGGAAACUUGGGAAAAGGCAACUUCUUUCGCAUGGAAGGACUUUAAGGAAUCGUAUGCAACUGUGUACAGGUGGUUCAAGAAACUGGCCGUCCUAGGAACAGCAGCACUUUCAGAAGAAAAACUCAAUGAGCUGAAUAAGCUCUCUGCAGAUAUGCAAGACAUCUACGCCAAGGCAAAGGUCUGUCGUCCCAAUGUCACAGAUAAUGCUAAAUGCGAUUUGGCCAUAGAACCAGAGCUGACCGAGAUGUUGAUGAACUCAAGGGAUUACGACUUGCUGAAGCACAUUUGGGCAGGCUGGAGAGACGCCACCGGCAAAGAAAUGAAGGACAAGUUCCUGAGAUACGUCGAGCUCUCCAACGAGGCCGCCGUGCUCAACGGUUUCGAGGACGCAGGCGAAAUGUGGAGGGAGGCCUACGAGAGCGAAACUUUCCAGGACGAAGUGGAGGAUCUCUGGAAGACCAUCGAACCGUUCUACAAGCAGCUUCACGCUUACGUCAGGAGGAAGCUCAUCCGGCAGUAUCCGGGAGCAGACAUCAAGCCCGACGGUCCCAUUCCGGCACACCUUCUAGGGAAUAUGUGGGCUCAGACCUGGGGCAACAUUUUCGACGUGGUGAAUCCCUAUCCAGAAAAGAAGUUUGUCGACGUCACCGACGUCAUGCUGGAAAAGAAAAUGACUCCCCUGGACAUGUUCAAGAUGUCCGAAGACUUUUUCACCUCUCUGGGGCUGAUCGAGAUGACUCCCGAGUUCUGGAGGCGGUCCAUCAUCGAGAAGCCAACGGACCGGGAAAUGGUGUGCCACGCCUCCGCCUGGGACUUCUACGACCAGAAAGACUUCAGGAUUAAGAUGUGCACGAGAGUGAACAUGGAAGAUCUGAUCACCAUCCACCACGAAAUGGGACACAUCGAAUACUUCCAACAGUACGCCAAGCAGCCCGUGGUAUUCCGAGACGGAGCGAACCCAGGAUUUCAUGAGGCAGUUGGGGAUGUUCUGGCUUUAUCAGUCGCAACUCCAAAUCACUUGAAGAAAAUCGGCCUUCUGAAAGAAGUGUUCGAAGACCACGAGGCGGAAAUCAACAACUUGCUGAGCAUGGCUCUGGACAAAAUUGCAUUCGUUCCAUUCGGAUAUCUAAUCGACGUUUGGAGGUGGAAAGUCUUCAGUGGCGAAAUCUCGGAGGAGGAACUCAACUCAAAGUGGUGGGACCUCAGGCUGAAGUACCAGGGACUGUGCCCUCCGGUCAGAAGGACAGACGAGGACCUGGACGCCGCUUCCAAGUACCACGUGGCUGCAGAUGUCCCCUACAUAAGGUACUUCGUGAGUUACGUGAUCCAGUUCCAGUUCCACAAGGCCCUGUGCGAUGCCGCGGGUCACGAGGGACCACUGCACAAAUGUGACAUCUACCAGAACAAGGAAGCGGGGACCCUGCUGAGCUCCAUGCUGAGCCUGGGCAAUUCCGUCCACUGGAAGGCGGCGAUGUCGGUCAUCACGGAGGGCAAGACGGACAAGAUGGACGCAGGACCCAUGCUCGAGUACUUCCGGCCGCUCAUGGAGUGGCUCGAGGAGCAGAACGAGGGCGAGACCAUAGGGUGGACCAGCGAGGACCCCAUGAUGUGCCCCUGAAACACGACUUUCAUUUGUGUCCCAUCUCUACACGUCCAAAAUAAAGCGACUAUUUAUUGCCA